UUUCCCAAACUUCCUCCCAAAACCCACCAAAUAAACAAUACAAAUAUACAAUGACCACCUCCUCCCUCAUCCUCCUCCUCGUCAUAAUCGCCAUUAUUACACCAUCCUUAAUCCACUCCACUCCCCAUCCUCCCAUCAACGUUUGGCCCAAACCCACCUCCAUUUCCUGGCUCCCAAACCCUAACCCUAACCCUAAUUCCUCCUACCUCUCCCUCUCCCUCUCCCCUUCCUUCCGCAUCUUCCCCCUCUUCCCCAUCCACCUCCACCCCCCUCUCCGCCGCGCCCUCUACCGCUACCACCGCCUCCUCCUCCGCGAGCGCCACGUCCCCCUCCUCCCUCCCCCGACGCCCCCAAUCUCCCCCGCUCCCCUCUCCCUCCUCCUCCUCUCCGUCUCCUCCCUCUCCGCCCCUCUCCACCCCGGCGCCAACGAGUCCUACCUCCUCUCCCUCCCCAUCCCCACCCAUGGCGCCGCCAACCUCUCCGCCAACCUCUCCGCCGCCACCCCGUGGGGCGCCAUCCGCGGCCUCGAGACCCUCUCCCAGCUCGCCACCGCCGUCCNCCCGGCU